UAUUGUGAAAGAAAGAGAAAUUGGUAAAUUGCCCUAAAACCCUCCUUUCUUCCAUGCGAGGUUCUUGAUCUUGCUCCUUAUGAUCUUCCGUUGUUGAUUUAAAAAAUAAUGGUAAUAGUGCGAAACCCCAUGAAAUGAAUAAUGAAUGAUGCAUUUCUGUUGCUGGAACCUUCUCCACUCUUCUCCUUUAUUCCCAGCAGCAGAAAAUAUUGCUGGCUACUCUGCCCUUCAAAUCGCGCUCCGCUCAACCCCACCCCACCGAAGCAGCAAUGGCUGUAGAAGCUGCAGAUGCUGCUACCCCGGAAUUGGCUCUUGCCGACACUGAGAUCAACUGGGAUAGGUUGGAUAAAACGAGGUUUCAUGUCAUUGGAGCUAUUCUAUUUACUGCACAGUCAGCUUUAAUACACCCUACAGCAGUUGUGAAGACGAGAAUGCAAGUAGCUGGAUCUAGCUUAUCUCAGAUGACUGGAUUAUCUGUUUUCAGACACAUUAUUAGGAGGGAUGGUAUUCCUGGUAUUUUUAGAGGCUUUGGCACAUCGGCCAUUGGAUCGCUGCCUGGUCGAGUCCUGGCUUUAACUUCACUUGAAGUUUCAAAGGAUAUGACGCUGAAAUAUACUGAAGGCUUGAAUGUCCCGGAAGCAACACGAAUUGGUAUUGCAAAUGGAGUCGCAGGAAUGGUUUCAAACCUAGUUUCCUGUGUAUAUUUUGUUCCAUUGGAUGUGAUCUGCCAGAGGUUGAUGGUUCAAGGGCUUCCAGGGACCAAAUCUUGCAAUGGUCCAUUUGAUGUUGUAAGCAAGGUGAUAAAAGCUGAAGGAUUUCGUGGCAUGUAUAGAGGUUUUGGACUAACAGCUAUAACACAGUCACCCGCAUCAGCACUUUGGUGGGGUGCCUAUGGUGCCGCCCAACACAUCAUUUGGAGGUUAUUGAUGAUUAUGGUGUAGGAAGACCUUCUGUACUGAAGACUGCAAAGACUCUUCUUAAAGAGGAUGGAUGGAGAGGUUUCUACCGAGGAUUUGGACCUCGGUUUCUAAAUAUGUCUUUCUAUGGAACUACAAUGAUUGUGACUUAUGAACUAAUAAAGAGACUGUCCGUAAAGCAAGCAUGAUAAGCCAGAGUUGUUGUAGGAAGCCCUCCACUCUGCACAUUAGUGAAAAGGAGUAGAAAAGUCAGUUUUUCCCACACGGUAGAGAGUGGAGGCCUGAGGAUGGCACACUAUCGGCACCACCAUGGAACUUGGCUCGUAGGAUAGAAUUAUAUUAGAUGGGGGUUGAUUCUUUCCUAGUUAUUCUUUGAUAACCUUGGACGGGGACUUUGUUCUAUGGAGGAUCAUUGAAGAAAAGGGGUUGUUUUAGAUUGUAGCGUAAGAAUCAUGACGUAGCUGCUUGGAAGCCCCGUAAUUGGAUGGCUCUAAUUUUUGUAUAUCAUAUCCCAUUACUGAUAUAGUGGAACUGGAGUGUUUUCCUCAUUGCUACGUGACAAUUCAUUGAUAAUUUUGUUCGUAUGUGAACUCUAUCUCUCUCUCUCUCUCUCUCACACACACACACACACUCUGUGUAUCAUCUAUGCAGCGCAAAGCAUAGCUGAUGGAAAACAGAAAUUUUGUCCGAGUGAUGUAUAAAAAAGUUGACCCAAAAUAAAGCAACUCCACUCAUCACUCAAAAUUUUUAGUUGUGGGUGGACCAAACUAGCUGUGAUAAACUUUUUCUCUCUCUACAAUUAUCUUCCCCGGCCAAAGGAGAUUUUGCCCUUCGCCCCACCGUGUCUUCGUCGCCGGCGACCCUGCUCUCACCAAUCCACCCUCUCAGCCUGACGAUCAUUUCUCCCUAUUUCUCUUUCUCUCCUCCUCUCCAUGUGCCCCCCUCCCUCUUCCUGAUCUCUUCAAUCCUCCUUCCCCCCCUCCACAGCUUCCACCCUCCUUCCGGCGCCGGUGAUUUCUGACUUAUAUGACCUGGUUUCAUGGCCGACCCUCACCCUACUGAAUCCCAGACACCAACCCACCGCCACCUCCCAAAACACCUGUUGCUCUUCCAACAAAAAAAUCAUAUGUGAACAUUGUGCAACUCAUCCAAUGCACACUUCGACCCGAGUAGAGUUGCAAAGAAAUCUUUCCAAAAUAGUGAAAUCAAAACAUGGGCACUGCUACCUCAUUUCGAGGCGAACCUGGCAUAAGGUUCUCUAAAGAAGAGACUGAUUUGCUGGUAGAGAGACUUAAAUUUGCACUCAUUGAUUAUGGCUUAGGUGAAUAGCUCUUUGAUAAUUAUCCUAUGAGGUCAAGUUUACUGACGAGGAAUAGCAAGGAUUUUCGAUGUUAUCGGGGUUUACCCAUCGUUUACUUGCGAAAGCCGUAGCCCGGUAUACAAGCGCUAGGCCCGGUACUGCGCUGGAUAAAACGCUGGAUAUUGAUCCGGGCUACGGGGGUUGGAUUAGAAUCCCGUCGAGUUAUCCCACAUUCCUGCACCUUCAGAAAUUAUCUUUAUAUCCUCAAAAUUACACCGGAAAUGAUGAAAUUGCCCACUCUCGCCUACCGACUUCAAAACUCUAUCAGUUUUCAUUUCCCACCAACGACGUGUACCUCAUUUUGAAACUUUCCUCUGGAAGAGUGCUUCUGCAACCACACGAAGUCUGUAAUCCCGUCCGUUGACUUAAUCUGGAACGGAGUUGCGAAGUUGUUCCCUCCACGAUCUAUCCUACUCUGUGCAUAUCUCUACGGUUCUCUUGCGGUUACUACCGGAUCUCACGUGGGACUUUGACAGAUCCAAUUGGCAUACCCUGUUUUCAUUUAUUUACCUUCUUACCCAAAGUUUCGGAGGUGGAUGCUUAAUUUUUUCCUUCCUUACGAUGAGGUCAUUCGAAAGAGUUACAUUGGGUUUAAUAAUUGUACAACAAAUCAUCGACGAGCUCGGACAAUUCUCUUACGUUACCAAAUACCUUGCUGCUCGAACCCCCAGUCGACGUCUACGUCGGGCCAGAACCUACGUCAUGAGUACUAGGAUCCCGGAUCAGAUUCACCAUCUUUAUAGGCUGGUUUCCAUUUCUGAUGAGUCAUAUCUGCACAAUCUCCGCAUGGACCGCAAUGCUUUCGGACGCCUGUGCUACAUGCUUCAGUACUCAGGUGGUAUGACCCCGACCAAAAAUCUCAAUGUAGCAGGUAGCGAUUUUCCUUAGCAUUGUGUCCCAUUACAAAAAGAAUAGUGUGGUCAAGCAUGAUUACACAUUAAAGUGAUGUGUCACGUUGAGUGAUCCAUCACUCACCUCGCAUAGAAGACCUGCUAAGGCUGCAUCCGCUUGUGUUCACGCAAAGUCUAUUGCAACAUAACUCAUUUGGCGUGUUGUAUAUAAGCCAAAUGAGUACCUGACAUGCGCGCAGCCUUAAUGUUAAGGCUGCCCACACCUGGUUUCGGCAUUAGUGAAAGCACGUAAAGGGUAACAAAGAAGUCACCCAUUCGAUGUUUCCGUUUAAGUUUUUUUGUUUUGUACUCCUAAAAAAAAAAA